AUGGUUCGCUUCUUCUCCUCGAAGAAGGCAGUUGACUGCAAGGGCCAGGCCUGUGAGGCCGUUUCCAAGGAAGUGGAAGAGUCGGUUCGCGCUCUCGAGGACUUCGAAAUCGAGCUCGACUACAUCGCUGAUGACUAUGUCGAGAUCAUCGACCAUGCGGCCCCCAAGCGCCCUCGUGCUGUCUGGAAGGAUACCAAGGAGGCUGGCAACCAAGACUUCAUCAUCGUCAUGAAGGACACUGAGGUCAAUGCCGUCAUGAAGUAUACCAAGGGGAAGGCUAAGCUCCAUGAUGACAUCGUUAUCGUGGAGGGCUUCAAGCACCCUCGCCGCCUCGAGGAAGGUGUUCUUGUCAAGCACCCCAACCACACUCGCCGCUCCGGAGAUGUCAAGAAGUAG